AUGGAUUCUCAACCUUCUGUCCCUCUCCCACAGAGCCAAGUGGCUCUGGCUUGCAGAAUCUGCGCCUGUGAACUACAAGACAGACACGCCCUCAGUGAACAUCAUAAAACUCUGUGGCACUUGUACAACAUGCGUCGCCGCAGUCAACAGUUGCCGUCUAUCCCUGAAGCUGAGUUUAAGAGAAAGACUGAACUGUUACGUUUAGCUCGAGAGUAUGCGGAGGGGUGUGGUUCGCUUGGGACCUCCCAGCACAUGGCUGUACAGGAACAGGGGCUCACAGGCGCUGCGGCUGACUUUCAUGCUGCCGUGCGCUGCAAUGUUAAAGGGAAAGACCACUUAAAGAAACAUCAGGGCUAUCAGAGAAGCGAGAGAGGUGUGACAACGUCAGCUUCAAGGGGCAGCAGCAGACAGAAAGCAACAGCAAAGGCUGCAGCUGCUGCAUGGCGUGCUGCGCUGUUACAGCAUCCAGAGAGGUGCAACUUAUUCGAACAGAUGCCCGCAUUCCCUUCAGCCGCAGAAAACCUAAGCUACAUGCGCAAGACAUACGGAUUUUUUGUCCCAGACGAGGAAUACUGCGUGAACUUACCAGGGCUUUUGCGCUGCUUGUGGCAGGAGCAGCAGAAACAGCCACGCUGUCUGUUUUGCUGCAGAGGGUUUAAGGGUAUUCGCGCCGCACUCCAGCACAUGCAGCAGCAGCGGCACUUCCAGCUCAAGUGGGACGAAGAGCAGCAAGACAUGUUGCACCGCUUUUAUGACUACAAGAGGUCUUAUUACGAGCUCUUGGGAAGGCUUCCUGAAGUGAAGAACGCGCAGCUAGUGCUCCCUGACAACCCCAGCAGCAGUAUACAGGACGCAACGUCCCCCUUAGCAGCAGCAAAACAAGCAGAACGGUCAUUGGAAGCGGAGGCAGAAGUGGUAGCAGGCGAAGAUGAAGGCGAUUGGGAGGACUGCAGCAGCGACGAGGAGGGCAGCGCGAAUGCCGCCUCAGAGCAGCGAAGACUUGAAGAGAUGCUUCAAGCCAGAGGAUGGCGGCAUGCACGCGUGACUGAUGAGGGGAACUUGCAACUCCCUAGUGGCCAAGAAGUGCUGCAUCGAUCCCACGCAAUUUUUUGCCGUCAGCGCGUCAGGCGUGUGGAACGUCAAGAGGCCGAGCAGUGUGUGCUACGCGAUAUGGCAAGAGGCCUAAUCCUGCCGAACGUGAGUACCAUCAGCAAGUGGUCCGUAGCUCUCUACAAGCGGCACAAGCUUCACAAACAACUCAAGGUGUCAAGGGGUGACACACAUAUGCGACAGGAGCAGCGCGUGAUGCUGGCUCCGCAGCAGCGCCGUCUGAUCUGGAAGCGAGAGGCGGAGCAACAGAGAAGGUUGCAGCAGCAGCGCAUGAAAUUGGGCAUCAUGGCAAACAUUCUUAACCGGACGAUGCUGAGGGACACUAAGUACUUUUUGUGA